GACGUGUCGUUUGUAAUUCGCGUACUCACGUUAACACGCUCGUAGACGCUCUACCUUUAAUCCAAUUUACAUUAACAAUGACAAGUCAACGACCUGAUUAAUUCAAAUGGACAUGUUUUAAUAAUUAUGUGGUCGAUUGUUUUUCCUGUGUAGUGUUUUUGUGGAAAAUGUUGAAGGUGGAGGUGAUUUCGGAAAAAUGUUGAAGGAAUCCCGCGUACGCACGCACGUUGGAUUUCUUAUUUUCAUUUAUUAUGUUUUCGCCGUUAAUGGAUAUAUAGAAAUAGUUGAAGAACAAAAAUGUCACAAUAGUAAGAUACGGCUAACAUGUCGUGAUUUGGACUCUCACAUCGCUGUUCUAGAAGCUUGGUAUACAUCAAUACAAGAUUACCAAGCAAACUCGAACGUAACUCAAACAGAAGACAAUAUAAGAACAGAGAACGAUACAGAACUAGACAAAGUAUAUGUGUACGCUAGUCCACUACACAAUGGUGUUUACGAAAUAGUUAAUCAAACAGUUUCCGAUAAUGUAACGGUUUUUGAAAAUACCAGUGAAAGUGAUUUGAGAAAUGUUUACGGUUUAAAUGAUACGGUAGAUGUUUUAAUGGAGUUUUUUAACGCGAGUGAAAUGUGCAGUGUACUUACAUAUACAAGAAGAUAUUCGAGUUUGGAUAUCAGUAAAAGACGAGACCCAAUCGUUAAAGGUUCUGCUGUAAAUUUGCAAGCGCCGUUAGAAAAUCGAUGCAACGGGGCCAGCCACUGUAGCUUCAUUCUGAAGAAAACUCAUCCUCCGGCGGCGGACUGGCCGCACGGCAUCGUGCAUGUCAAAUAUUCUUGCCUUGAUGAAAUCGUAGAAGAACAACGUUGCUAUGACAGCGAGAUACGUCUCACAUGUCGAGAACUUGACAGCCAUAUUGCGAUUUUAGAAGCUUGGUAUACAUCCUUGGAGGACUAUAACCAGGAUGUGAAUACGUCAGAAAACUAUACUGUGAAAACCGAAAACGACUCAGAGUUAGAUCGAGUGUAUGUGUAUUCUAGUCCUAAACACAACGGUGUGUACGAACUGAAGAAUCAUUCAUUCGAAGUGAAUGUGAAUGAGAACGAUACAUUCAGUGAGGUGAAUGAAACAAUGAGUACAGUGGAUAUGAGGAUUGAAUUUGUGAACGGUAGUGAUGUGUGCAACUUGUUGUCGUAUACGAGAAGCUACGCGAGCUGGCACGAUGGUGGCAGACGACGGCGACCUCUAGCGAGGGCAACGUCAAUCAACCUGCGGCCACCACUCAGCUAUCGGUGUACGGGAGUCAACCACUGCAAUUUCCUGCUGGAAGAAGACUACCCACCAGCGGUGGCUUGGCCACCUGGAGUGGUGUCUAUUAAAUACGCUUGCUUUGAUGACUCUUUAGCAGUACAUUACUGCAACCGGGAGGUGUUCGUUGCGGCGUCGGGUCCAGACAGCGAAGGCUACAUACGGACACCAGGGUACCCGCACUUCUACGUAGGAGACGAGUGCCGGUGGCGGCUCAAAGCUGAUCCUGAACAACGCAUCCGAAUCUCUCUACUGGAUGUUAGCUUAAGAAGUAUUGGUCCAUUCGAAGAACAGUGUACAGAUUUCGUGUCUGUGGUUGACUCGAAUGGAGAGUCGCUACUGUCCACUUGUGAACAGGUGGAUUUGCCUCUGAGGUUGACUUCCACGACGAAUGCCUUAGAGGUUAUAGUAGAAGCAAAAUCUCAAGGCGCCUUUCCAAAGAGAGGCGUUUUGCUACAUUAUAAGAGUUUGGGAUGUGUGACGUUACCAGCGCCAUCUGAUGGAUACCUGGUGUACCGCAAUGAAGAUGUUGCGCAUUACAUGUGCAAUGUGAACUUUGUUUUCGUGGAUACGCAACAGAGGGCGCUGAUGCUAUGGUGCUUUGAAGAUAAUAGAUGGAAUGGGACAGUCCCUUUAUGUAUAGAAGAGACGACUAUAAAGGUCGUCGGGAACGAUUCAACUGCGGAAGGUCCAGAUAAAGAUACAAAACUGCCGCACAACGAGGCUAACAUGAUAGUCGACAUCGUGAUCCCGUCGCUGUUGAUAGCGGCGCUGUUUAUCGGCAACGCUUUCAUCGUGCUCAUCAUAUACAAAUACAGGAAACGAAAAACUGAAGACUUGGAAGAUGAGUUUAACACCAUUCCAUUGACCGUCAACGGAAUGCACAGCGCGGGGAACGCUGUGUGAAGAGGAUAUUAUGCGGUUGUUGCUUGCAAUUUAGUUAAUUCAAUAAUUACAAUUAGAUUAACAUCAGUAACAACAGUAGGACGUAGAUGUAUGUAUACAAAAAAAAAUCUUUGGACACAACACCGUAUCAAAUAGUACGAAGCUGUUUUUUUUUUUCUUCACAUCAUUUACAAAUCUAAAAAGAAAAUUAGGUAGAAAUAGGUAAAAAAGUUGGAAUAAUUUGCUGGUAGUUGAACAAUGUAAAUAGACUGUUUUCAUUUAUAAUGUAAGCAACAUCCGCAAAAAGAUGUAGACACACCAAGCUUAAAUCGUCCUCUCUUAGAUCGUCUGUGUCUGCUGUUAGGGCCCAUUCACACUAAAAGCGCGUUAUCAGUCAUUACUGCAAAUAAAUUGAAUAAUCAUUGGUACUUUCAUAUCCAUUUUUAAAUUUAAAAAAUCUCAGAUUAUAACAGGUUGAGAAUUUUUUGUUUAUGAUGGCUUGGAUUAUCUUUUACUAUAUGACGCGACUUAAUAACCAUUGCAGUCUUUUUAAUUUUAUCUCUGUUAUACCAAAGACAAUCAUGCCAAAGCGGAAGAAUAUUUUAAUUGCACCAAAGCGCUCGCGAAUUUAAUGUGAAUGUGGCCUUAUUUCUAAGUUACCUUAUUUAUUUGUUAAUAGUUACCGCAUUUAAAACAGUGACUAAAUAAUUUAAAACGAUUAUUAGGCGUUAAGUAUGGACUGAUAAUGAUAUGAAAUACUCGGUAAAGUCGCUGAUUCCUUCGCAGGUGUGGCACAGCCCUUAUUUGUCAGUCGUAAUGAGUUGCCUCUCAUUUGGCUUUCUUUUUAAAAAAUUGUUGACUUUUUGUAUUUGGUAAAUACUGUAUAGAUUCUGUAAUGAAUAAAGCACUAUCUUUAA